AUGUUAUUUGGACUCGGAUGUGAAGCGGCAACACUGGGAAGUGACGUGGGCGCGAGUCUCGCCCGUUUCCAUGGGGAUGCGGGUGGACGUGGUCGGCUGAGGAUCGCCCGAGGAUCGCCCGAGGAUCGUCCGAGGAUCGUCGGAGAUGCCGCCCACAGCCGAGGUGAUUGUGCGGAAGCGGAGCUGCAAGCGGAGGAGAGGAACACGAUCCUGUUCAGCGCGAUGAAGAACGAGGCCGUGCGGAUCCCGGACCAGUACAAGUCGCUGCAGCGGAAGCUCAAGAACAACUGGAAGGUGUACAGGUGAGCGGGGGAG